UUAAUAACUGAUUACUGAUUGGAGCGCACGCGCUGAAUUUUAACUGUCAAGUCCAUUCAGAGAUCUCAGUGUCAGUGGUGAUCCAAUCGUCUUCUCACUUUCACGCAUACGUCUCCAGUUUUUAUUUUUUGGCGUUUCAAUGUAUCGAAAUUUUCUAAUGUGCGGCGAGACUCUAAAUUGAAAAGUGUACUUCAAUUAAACAAAAAAUAAAUAAACACAACAUAAACUCACGACGAAAGUAAGAAGAAAACAGCGACAAUAGAAUUUGUAUUAAAACAACGAACAGCGAAGCGAUAUUCGACUUGAGGGAAAAACUCAAUUAACAGGCAGUAAUGCGCUCACCUCUCUCCACAAUUUACAGAAGGAAAUUUGGAUUCAAAUUUUGGAGGAUUGUCUUUGUUCAUGUGUUCCACAACCAGGGAUGAACGUGCAUAAUUUUUAAGACAAAAAAAUAUAAAACAAACAAACUUUAUGCAGGGUUGAAACAAGUGAUUGACAAUUGAUCAGAGAAAAAGUUAAAUAUGUCAGGGAAAAUUGUGCUAACGCCCUUGGGCAAUCAAACUAUCAACAAGGAUCUUUCACCUACUGCUGCCGAUUAUUCCAUUAUCAGGGGAAAGGAUGUCCUCGUUGCUCCUUCGGACGAUCAGUAUGAAUUACUUAUGAGAAGACUGAAAGAAAGAAUCAGCGACGGAGGGAGUGAAACUAUAUUUGAUAUCGGAAUCGGCGAAGAUGGUUCCGAGGAUGGUUUGAAGCAAGACGAGUACGAAGCCUCGGUAAUAACACUGCAGUCACUUGCAGCAACGCUAGAGGCGGACUGUGUCCUUCUGCGACAGACUAAGGUCGAUCAAGGAUUAACAGGACAAUAUUUGGUUCGCAAAAGGCUGGAUCAACAAGAUUUUCUCGAAAUAAGGGUCGCGGUUGUUGGAAACGUCGAUGCUGGAAAAUCAACGUUACUGGGUGUUCUAACACAUGGCGAAUUGGACAAUGGUCGAGGACUUGCCAGACAAAAACUGUUUCGUCAUAAGCACGAGGCUGAAACGGGACGAACGAGUUCUGUGGGAAAUGAUAUUCUUGGAUUCGAUAGCGUCGGAAAUGUCGUUAACAAACCCGAACACGGAUCUCUUGAUUGGGUGAAAAUAUGCGAGAAAUCGUCGAAAGUAAUAACGUUCAUAGAUCUGGCUGGCCACGAGCGUUAUCUAAAAACAACAGUGUUCGGUAUGACCGGUCAUGCUCCAGAUUUCGGUAUGCUAAUGGUCGGAGCUAAUGCCGGUAUAGUGGGAAUGACUAAAGAGCACUUGGGUUUGGCACUUGCACUUUCGGUUCCUGUUUUCGUUGUCGUUACCAAAAUCGACAUGUGCCCACCAAAAAUAUUGCAGGAGAAUCUUAGACUCCUCAUUAGAAUUCUCAAAUCACCCGGAUGCAGAAAAGUACCCGUCACCGUAAAAACUCCCGAUGACGUUGUCGUCAGCGCCACCAAUUUCGUUUCGGAAAGACUAUGCCCAAUAUUCCAAGUAUCGAACGUGAACGGUGAAAAUCUGCAUCUUUUGAAAAUGUUCCUCAACUUGCUUACCGCAAGAAUAACGAGUCAUGACGACGAGCCAGCAGAGUUCCAGAUCGAUGACACAUACUCUGUACCCGGUGUUGGUACCGUCGUUUCUGGCACGACGCUGAAAGGCGUCAUACGUCUAAACGACGUUUUGCUAUUAGGUCCAGAUCCUCUCGGGCAUUUCACUCAGAUUGCUGUCAGAAGUAUUCAUAGAAAGAGAAUGCCCGUUACGGAAGUAAGAGGCGGACAAACGGCAAGUUUUGCCCUUAAGAAGAUCAAAAGAUCGCAAAUACGGAAGGGGAUGGUGAUGGUUGCACCUGCCCUAAAUCCACAGGCCUGCUGGGAAUUUGAGGGUGAAAUAUUGGUUCUCCACCAUCCGACUACGAUCAGUUCUCGAUAUCAAGCAAUGGUUCAUUGUGGAAGUAUACGACAAACAGCUUCAAUAUUAUCAAUGUCACAAGAUUGCUUGAGAACGGGUGACAAAGCUCUCGUACACUUCCGUUUCAUAAAGCACCCGGAGUACAUAAAACCCGGUCAACGAAUGGUAUUUCGUGAAGGACGUACCAAGGCUGUUGGUAACGUCUUGCGACUGAUACCAUAUUCGAGUUCGUCGAAUUCGCAAAAUUCACGAUCCGGAAAACCAAACAAAACGGGACAACAGCAAGGACGUGGACAGAAUUCUACGAAUUACAUAACGGAGACCUCUGAGGCUAAUGGAAGCUUCGAGUCGCAAGCAGCGAAACGUGAAAACACACCGCAAAAAACGAGCUCAGGACCUAGCAUAAAAAUGGGACGAGGUCGACGAGGUGGUGGAAAAUCGCACAAUUCAGCGAUCAACAACGUACAACCACUCUCCGAGCAAAAUCCACCGGUCAAAAUUUAAAUGAAUGAAAUACUUUUUCACUUUUUUCCUCCCUAUCUUUGUGUACAAAGUAUGCAUAAGUGAUGCUUGAAGAAAUAUUUCGUGGAACUCUGUCACGGUCGUUGAUCUUCGAUCAACUCUGAUGGUAAAUUUCAACAAAACUGAGCCUGCGAUUGCCUUUUUUCCCUUCCCUUAUUUUCACUUUACUUCCUACUUGAAUCUAAAUUAACAAGUUUUGCGUUAACUGCUUUCGCGGCAACGAUCGUGAACGAGAAAAUGCCAAAUUUAUGGCGAAUAGAGAAACCAUCCACUUAUAUGUUCAUUACACCCCGUUAAUACUGAAACCUGAGAAAAACAAAAUAUAUUUCAUGUAUUAUUGAAAAGAAAAAAGCAGAAAAAUGAAACGCGACUAGCAGUAUUUUUCUGUCAUUGUUCACCAAGGAAACGUCCAUUGAAAUUUUGGAAUAAAUACUUCGAUGAACGAAAAAUUAAAUGGGAUAAGGUUUGAUGUUGCAGGAAGAAAGUAUAUUAUUACGAAUCGAAAUAGAAGGGAUGACUUGACUUAUUUGUAUGGAAUUUUUCGAGAUAAGAAGCACAAAGGAACGAAUACUAUUUUGUUGCAUAUAUAACAUUUUCCCUCUUUUCAUUUUUCUUUUGUGAAAUCGAAAUUUCAGCUUUUUCUAUUCACAACGUAUAACUAGUGUACGGGUAUAUCCGGUUGUAUUUUAUAACACGAGUAGUUUUUAAUAUGAUAAAUACAUUGUUUAUUCAACAAAAGUUCAUAUCAACUGUUCCAAGCUCGUGAGACAAGUAAUCAGAGGAAAAUAAAAAUCUUGAAUAACA